AUGUUGUUUUCUCGUUUGAUGUUGAUCUCUUGGGCACUUUCUAGUAUUUGGGCUGCUUCUUGGAUUGUUCCUGGAUCCGUAUGGACGGAUACUUCUGGAAACAAGAUCGAUGCACAUGGCGGUGUAAUAGUCCAGAGAGGAGAUACUUUCUAUUGGAUUGGACAGAGUGCUAGUGACAAUAUAUCGCCGUAUCUGUAUUCGUCGACUGAUUUACUGAAUUGGAAAAACCUAGGAAAGCAGAGUUCGAUUCAAUCACUGUGGAGACCUAAAAUCGCGAAACCGGAUGGAUCUUUCUGGGUGAGUAUUUCUGGCGGCAUCCUAGGUCAAGAAAUUUAUGGUCAAGUGAAUCGAGACAUCCAAGCCCUUGUUUCGACACAGAUGGAGGGUGGAUACUCGACUCAUGGUGCAGCCGUGACGGUUCCUCCCAACGGUUACUCAUAUUCAGAUACAGGAAUGUUUCAGGAUACUGACGGAACCUGGUACAUUUUCACUUCUGCAGACCACAACAUUGUGCAAAUCAACAAAAUCAAUUCAGACGGGUCAAUCGGAGCAAAAGCCUCUCAACUAGCUGCUGGAGCAUAUGAAGCACCAGGUAUCCUCACUCGUGUGUGGCAGUCUCUAUCCAUUCGCCUCUAA